AUGGCAUUUGCCCUGAAAUUCCUCCAGUGGUUCGUCCGAGGCGUCCAGUUCGGUUCAUCGGCCCUCAUCCUCGGCAUAUAUUCCUACUUCCUUGCGACACUCCACAAUCAUGACCUUCCCAUAGCAACUUCUAUUCGCGCUGUCGAGGGUAUUUCCGGCGCCGCAACGCUAUACACCCUCAUAGGACUGCUUCUGCUAUGCUGCUUGGCAGGUCAUGCCUUUACCUCCUUCAUCGCCAUCGUCCUUGACGUCGCCUUCAUUGGUGCGUACAUUUACGUCGCCGUCGCCAACAAAGAUGGCGCCAAUUCCUGCUCCGGCUUCGUCAACACUCCCUUCGGCGACGGCCCUGCAGACGGAGAGCCUACCAACACCGGAAGUGAUGGCUGGACUCACCUCCCCAGCCUGCGUACUGCUUGCAAGCUGCAGACUGCUUGCCUGGCUGUCUCCAUUGUCGCAAUUAUCUUCUUUAUCAUCUCUAUCCUAGUCGAGGUCGCACUCGCCCGCCAUCAUCGCAAGGAAAAGCGUUUUGGUCCUAGCCCCAAGAACAACUACACUUCUGGUUCCGGCUCUCGAGGAGGCUUCCUCAGCAGUUUCCGCCGUCGUGGCCGCCAGGAUACUGUCACUAACGACAACACGCUCCCUGUCCACACCACCCCCGAUCAGGUCCGUAACAGCUAUGCCACCGAGACUACCGCUGUCGGCCAUGACAACGGAUACCCCAAGUAUGAAGGUACCUACGGCAAUACCGCCACUAACGGCUACGGCCACGGCCAUGAAACCGGCACCACGCAGCCUCCUCAUGGCUAUCACUACAACGAUGGUACUUACGACAGAGUCUAA